AUGAGCAUAGACCCGGAGCCGGUAGGAGCCGCGGUUGGCAAGGCUGAGGCCGGAGGUCAACCUCGCUUGGAGAAUCAGCAGUGUGUAUCCAGCGGCGAUGUGGCUAAGCCAGCGACAGAGCCUUCCAGGCUCUCCAAGUUCGUUCGUGGUCUCUUCCGGUACUUCCACCUUCUGACCUACGCAGAGCCGGCGAAGAUCGAUAUCGCGUUGCUCGUUUGUGGCACCAUAUUCGCUAUUGGCUCGGGCGUGCCAUUUCCGAUCCUUGGUAUCUUCCUCGGCCAGGUCAUUGACGAUCUCAAUGCUGCCACAUGCGAUGUCAGCGCUUCAUCUGCCCCAUCUGCCGAGCUUCAGCAGUCCACCAACCAGAAGAUCAUCUACAUCGUGGUGCUCGGCCUGGCACAGUUCACGGGCGUCUACGUACACAUGACUUGCUGGAACCUCUUCGGCGACCGGCUCGCCCAUCGUCUUCGCGAAAAGUACUUUCGCUCGAUUCUUCGGCAGGAAGUCUCCUACUUUGACAAGCUUCCCGCUGGGGAGGUCUCUUCGCGGCUCAGUGCCGACAUUGCGACGAUCAAGGCCGGCACCUCGGAGAAGGUUGGCACGUACAUUGGUGUAACGUCCAUGUUUGUCACAUCGUACAUUGUGGCCUUCACGAAAGACGCUCGCCUGGCUGGUAUGCUGGUGUGCCUACUCCCAUGCUUCAUACUUAUGACUUGGGUUGGCGGCCAUUUUGUGUCCAAGUACGCCACGCAAGCCUCCGAGUCCCUGGCUGCAGCCUCGUCAGUCGCCAUGGAGUCCCUUUCCAAUGUCAUGGUCGUUCACGCGUUUCGAGCAAACGAUCGCCUUGAGGCGAAGUUCGCAACGAGUCUUGAGGGGGCCAAGUCCCAUGGAAUUAGAAAGGCCACUGCGGCUGCCAUUCAGUCUGGACUGCUGUACUUUAUUGCCUUCUCGGCUAGCGGUUUGGCUUACUGGCAAGCAAGCCAGUCUAUCGCCAAUACGGUGGCUGGGAUCACGUCCGGUAUUUCAGUUGGCAGCACAUACACUGUUAUCUUUCUACUUGUUGAUGCCUCCUUGAUUCUCAGCCAGAUCUCUCCCUUUCUUCAGUUCUUCGCAUCGGCGGCUGGUGCGCUGGAGAAGCUCAAGGCGGACAUGAAUCGCCGCUCACAGAUCGAUGGCACUGUAGACGGGCAUUCUAACAAAAUCGGGAACUUCCGUGGCGAGGUCAGACUUGACAAGGUCCACUUCAAUUAUCCCUCUAGACCCGAUGUCCGAGUCAUCCAGGACGUCACCUUGGAAUUCCCAGCGGGCCAACACACAGCCAUCGUGGGACUCUCUGGUAGUGGUAAGUCUACCAUUGCCGGCCUCGUCACUCGUCUUUACGAUCCACUGGAGGGCUCUGUCAGCGUUGACGGCCACGAUAUCAAGCAAGUCAAUGUCAGGCAUCUGCGUAGCUUCGUGGGACUGGUGCAGCAGGAUCCUCUGCUUCUCGACCGAUCUCUUCUCGAAAACAUCGCGCUCGGCUUGGUCAACUCGAGUCGUCCCGAACACGAGUCCCUCCAGGCGACGCUCCUCGGCACCAAACUGGAAGAAGUCGCGGAAGCAGUCCGCAGCGGCAAAGACCUCGAGGUCGCGGCUUGCGAUGCUGGACCGGAGGCCAUGGAGAUUGUACGUCUGGUGCAGCGUGCUGCCAGCCUGGCCGAUGCUGGUAUCUUCCUCGGCAGUCUCGAGUUCGGUUUCGGCACCCUCGUGGGGUCCAAUGGGGACCUGCUCAGCGGUGGGCAGAAGCAGCGCGUAGCCCUUGCUCGGGCCCUCGUCAAGGAUCCCAAGAUCCUCGUGCUCGAUGAGGCCACUUCGUCACUGGACUCUGCCAGCGAGCAACGCAUCCAGGGUGCCAUUGAAAAGGCCACGGAGGGGAGGACAGUCAUCUCCAUCGCACAUCGGCUGGCGACGGUCCGGAAUGCCGACAAGAUUGUGGUCAUGCGAAAUGGCAAGGUCAUUGAGCAGGGAUCACACUACGAGCUGCUGGCCAAGGAUGCUGAUUAUGCCGCGUUGGUCCGUCUCCAGUCCAUCGGCUCCGAGACAUCGAGCACAACAACUGCCAGAAACUCGAAGAGCCUCGACCUGGAUUCCGAGAAAGUGUCGCAUGCCUUGAAGGUUGAGUCCGAGGCAGUGGACGCUGAGACCAACCUUGAGUCUGGUGGGGAGGACAAGCCGGCCGAGACACAAACCAAGGACAGCAAAGCAACGCGUCCGGCUUGGAAGUCGAUCAAGAGCAUGAGCUCAGUCUCGCGCCCGUACCUGCUGUGGAUCGUCAUCGCAAUUCUCGCUGCAGCUGUAGUGGGCGGCACCUAUUCCGGCUCGGCCGUCAUCUUUGGAAACACGAUUGGCGCACUGAGCCCAUGCAACACGCCCGACUCUAUCCGCGUGGCGGGCAGCUUUUUUGGCCUCAUGUUCUUCACCCUCGCUAUCGUCGAGUUCUUCGCCAACGGCAUCAGUUGGUCGUUCUUCGGUGCCGUGGCUGAGAGAGUCCUCUACAAGAUCCGCAUCCUGACCUUCAGAUCUCUGUUUGAGCAGGACCUUCAAUGGCACCAGUCCGAGGGCAGGAGUCCGUCAGGAUUGCUCACAUUCCUCACCACGGACUCCGCCUCGAUUGGUGCGCUCACCGGGUCUAUCAUCGGAACAAUCUUUUCGAUCGCCAUCAACUUUGUCGCGGCCAUCAUCCUAUCCCACGUGAUUGCGUGGAAGAUUGCAAUCGUGUGCCUGGCCACCGUCCCGCUGAUGCUAGGCGCCGGCUGCCUGCAGAUCCUGGUUCAAGCUCGGUUCAACGAGCGGCACGAAAAGGCGUUUGAAAAGUCCGUCAGCAUCACGGUCGAGGCCGUCAACUCGAUCAAGACCGUCGCAGCGCUGUCACUUGAGCAUGAGGUCAUGAACACCUACCGCCGGGCACUCGCUGCGCCGCGCAGGGAGUUCACCCGCUCCAGCAUCUGGUCAAACCUGUGGCUGGCCAUCGCCUUCAGUCUCAACAACUUCAUCUACGCGCUGCUCUACUGGUGGGGUUCGACCCUGAUCGGCCGCGGCGAGUACACGCAGACGCAGUUCUUCAUUGUGCUUAUUGCCCUGCUCGUCAGCGCUCAGCUGUGGGGGUCCGUGUUCACGCUGUCGUCCGAGGUGACCAGAGCCGGCCGGGCCGUCGGUCGCAUCUUCGACCUGAUCGAUCUCGGCUCGACCAAGUCGUGGAACAGCAAAGCCCUGAAGCCGCGAGACACCGAGGCAGCCAUCGAGUCCAAGGGCGGCGCUCCCGCCACCGCAGGAGGCAUCCCGGUGAAGUUCAACCAAGUCCACUUCUCCUAUCCUGCCAGACCGGGCCGGGAGAUCCUCAAGGGCCUCGACAUUGACAUCCGCGCCGGCCAGUUCUGCGCUCUCGUCGGCCCCAGCGGCGCGGGCAAGUCGACCAUUGUGUCCCUGCUCGAGCGCAUGUACACGGUCUCGUCCGGCUCCAUCGAAGUCGGAGGCCUGGACGUCACUGCCAAAUCAGAGCCCCUGUUCCGCGACGACAUCGGCCUCGUGCCGCAGGACAGCGUGCUGUUCGAGGGCACGAUCCGGUUCAACGUGGCGCUCGGCGCCCGGCCGGGCGCGCCGGACCCGACCGACGCCGAGAUCGAGCAGGCCUGCGAGCUGGCCAACAUCCACGAGACCAUCACGGCGCUGCCGGAAGGGUACGCGACCAACUGCGGGCCCAACGGGAGCCAGCUGUCGGGCGGGCAGCGGCAGCGCCUGGCCAUUGCGCGGGCGCUCGUGCGCAGGCCGCGGCUGCUGCUGCUCGACGAGUCGACAAGCGCGCUGGACGCCGAGUCGGAGCGGCUCCUGCAGGACGGCCUGGAGAAGGCGGCGCGGGGUAUCACGGUGGUGGCGAUUGCCCACCGCCUGCACACGAUCCGGCGCGCCGACGUCAUCUUCCUGAUCGAGGACGGGCGGUGCGUUGACCGCGGCAGCCACGAGGAGCUGCUGGUGCGCAGCGAGAGCUACCGGAUCAAUGUCAUGCACCAGACCUUGGAUGGGUGA